ACAUCCACCACCCCCGGCAUCCCCCCCUAAAAAUAGAGGAAGCAGCAUACAAUUCCCCCACACCAUCACAAACAGAUGAUGAAGCUGCUGCUCUCCCAGCAUCUUCCCAAUCACCAGAUGGACCUAUGAGAGCCAGCACAAGCAACUGUUGGCUGUUGCUGGCUACCACCACCACCGAACUCUCAAGCCAACCUCCAUCACCAUUUGGCUUUGCCCUGUAAUUCCAAGAGCGCCAAACCAAGAUCUCAGCUGCCAACACCACCAAAGCUGAUCCAUGGACCUGUCGGCGAACCCGGACAGCCCUCUGUCUGGAGGGGGCAACGGUGGCGGCUCCUCGAGCAGCAUCACCUCCUCGCUUUCCGUGGCCUCAGGGGGCACUCCGCAGUCGCCGAGCAGGUACGAGGCGCAGAAGCGGCGCGACUGGAACACGUUCGGGCAGUACCUGCGGAACCACCGGCCGCCGCUGAGCCUGGCUCAGUGCAGCGGGGCGCACGUCCUGGAGUUCCUGCGCUACCUUGACCAGUUCGGCAAGACCAAGGUGCACGCCUCGGCCUGCCCCUUCUUCGGCCACCCGAGCCCGCCGGCACCCUGCCCGUGCCCGCUCCGUCAGGCCUGGGGCAGCCUGGACGCCCUCGUCGGCCGCCUCCGCGCCGCCUACGAGGAGAACGGCGGCAGCCCCGAGUCCAACCCCUUCGCUGCGCGCGCCGUCCGCCUCUACCUUCGCGAGGUCCGCGAGCACCAGGCCCGCGCCCGCGGCGUCAGCUACGAGAAGAAGAAGCGCAAGAAGCCGCAGCAGCUGGCCGGCGACAGCAGCAGCGGCAGCUUCCAUGGCAACCAGCACCAGCCCCCUCCCGGCCCGCCUCCCGCCGCCGGUUGCUGAGCUGAUCGAGGCGACGACGACGACCCGCCCCCAGCCGGUGGUCGAUCGAACGAUCUCCUAUUUGGCCGGUAUGCCAGAUAUAUUUUAUGUGCGCUCGCGUAUGCAUGCAUGCGCACGCAUGGUUAUGGCUUUGCACUUCUCAUUUGUGCGUGUGUGUAUCAGCUAGUACUGUCAGUUGUCGUCGUCGAACACUGCUGCAUUGCUCGUGUUUCGACCUAGUUGGCUUUGAUUAGCUUGGGUUAAGUUCUAGUCGAGUUUAUCACUAGUUUAAUUUCCUUCCAUGUAGGAUCGAGUCAAGUAAAAUGAUUUGCUGUAGUGUGAAGUGAAGUGAGGGGGACAUGCAUGCAGGGAGAGAGAGAGAUAAAUGUAUGGAGAUCUCUCUUGCUACAGCUAGCUGCAUGUGUGUGUGUGUGUGUGUGGUUCGUGCAAGAUUGUAAGUCUGUAGUGCAGUGUCCGUUCUGCGGUCUGCGCAUCAUGUGUCAACUCGAUCUAGCAUCGCUUAUUGUUUCU